CUAAAAGGAAUGCUAUAUAGUUAUCAAAAUAAUGGGAGGAGUGAAGUUGAUAGGUAUAACCACAAGUUUUCCCUGUGCCAGGGUUGAAUGGGCUCUGAAGCUAAAGGGUGUGGAGUAUGAGUUCAUUGAAGAAGAUCUAAUGAACAAGAGUCCAUUGCUUCUCAAGUACAACCCUGUUCAUAAGAAGGUCCCAGUGCUUGUACAUGAUGGUAAGCCUAUUGCUGAGUCACUUGUCAUCCUUGAGUAUAUUGACGAGACAUGGAAUGUCAACCCUUUGCUGCCUCAAGAUCCAUAUGAGAGAGCCAUGGCUCGUUUUUGGGCUAAAUUCAAUGAUGAGAAGUGUGUCCUUGGUGCAUGGAACACUUGUAGUGCUGAAGGAGAAGAAAAGGAGAAGGCAAUAGAGUCUGCAAAAGAAUCAUUUGCCUUUCUUGAGAAACAGAUCGAAGGGAAAAAGUUUUUCAGUGGAGAAAAUAUUGGAUUUUUGGAUCUAGUGGUCGGUUGGAUCCCUAUUUGGGUCAGUGCCAUGGAAGAAAUUGGAGGCACGAGUCUUGUAAAUGCCGCGAACUUCCCUUGCCUCCAUGAAUGGGCUCAAAACUUUGUCCAAGACCCACAUAUCAAAGAAUGCUUGCCGCCAAUAGAAAAGAUCGUCAACUACAUCCAAGGUGGUAUCAGCUACCUGCGUGCCUUAGCUGCCAACAAGCAGUAAUUUUUUCACUUCUUGAAAAAAUUGAAUCCGUGGUUGCUUGUGAUUUGAUCAAUCGAAUUCCUAAGAUUGGUUUGUGUCCUCUUUGUUUUUUGUUGUUUGUUGUUUUCCUUUUCGGUUUUGUUUUUGGGUAGUGAUAUUGGCUUGAUGGGCAUAUUUGUGUCUUACAUCAGUGGACUGUUAUAGACUCUAAUAAGAUUUCAUCAAUUGUGAUCCUCACUUGAAGCUUUAAACCUUU